UCGACGAGAGAUGGCGCCGCUAGUUCAAUUUGUGAGAUUGCGACGAGUGUGCACAUGGGCCCGCAGAGAAUGAAAAUUGAUGAAAACGUCGAAAAACACCAAGGAAGACAUGUAAAAAGUGAAAGUAAAAACAUGAAUUAAGAAAAAGAAUGGAUAUAGCGGAAGACAGAGAAAGGAGGGGAUCCAAUGUCCUUGGUUCAUCUAUUUUGUUCAUGUCGAUGGUUAUGUAUCGCAGACGGAUAACGUAACGGAGCUUGCGACACAGUGGCGGAUGGCAGAUGCGAUACAUUUGCAUUUUUUCAACGGAAUUGAAAAAGGGACGACAGUGCACGACUGACCCGAGUGACAACGUGAGUUCUUCCGAGAGGGCGUGAUGCAAGGUAUAGAUAAGAGACGAUAACUAAUGAGAAGAAUAUCAAAUGAAUUAUAAGAACUGAUACGACCAAAGAUAAUAGUAAUUUUGUAGCUAUUUUGAAUUAAUUUAACCAACAAUGGAGAGGGAAGAUAGUUUUUUCUCAAGGCAGCCAAAGACACUGCGAGACAAGUACGAUGAGAGUGUCAAUCUGUCGUCCAGCAUGAUGGCAAUGUUCGAAAAGCAUUUUGCGAUCUCAGACGUGCAACGAGACGCUCAGAUGUACACUUUACCCAAGCCAGGAUUUAUGUUCACGGAACCACCAUGGCAUCUGGACAAGCUGCAGGAGAUAAAGAGAGAUUUAAAUGAGGUGAAAAGUCGCCUGAACAACUUUAAUCUCGACAAGUGGCAGCAGCACACGAAUCGGAUGAAUGGAGCGGGCGACAUCGUGCGCACAGUAAAGGAGAACAUACAGGCGGAACUUGUUACCCAAGCCUGGUGCAAGUUCUAUGAGAUUGCCAGCAACUUUUCUCUGGUGCCAUUGAACGAAAUUUACCAUGGAGUUGAUAAAAGAUUCAGAUCCGUACACCUUUGCGAGGCACCGGGUGCAUUUGUGACUGCCCUGAAUCACUGGCUGAAGACGAACGCGCCUGAUGUGCAGUGGAAUUGGAUGGCCACUACUUUGAACCCUUAUUGUGAGGGAAAUUCGUACGAUAGUAUGGUCGCAGAUGACAGAUUUAUCAGGCACACUCUGGAGCAUUGGUACUUUGGCGUCGACAACACAGGUGAUAUCAUGGACCUGCGAAACCUAGACGCAUUAUUAAAAAAAUCCGAGUCCCUUAAGUCGAGCGAAGGACGAAUUCUGCUGGUCACUGCGGACGGUAGCAUAGAUUGCACGAAUGUCCCUGGAGAACAGGAAAGUACUGUGGCACAAUUGCACUUGUGCGAAACUGUGGCCUGCAUGCAUCUCUUGCAGAAAGGUGGUAACUUUCUAUUGAAGCUUUUUACUCUGUUCGAGCAUCAGUCCGUGUGCCUGAUGUAUCUGUUGUCUUGCGCCUUCCAUCAGGUUAGCGUAACGAAACCGGCGAGCAGCAAAGGGGGAAACUCGGAAAUGUAUGUUGUCUGCAUGAAUUUCAAGGGCACAGAUUACAUAACGUCGUACUUGCGCAUCCUUAGGCAUUAUUACGGCAAUGUGUCGCCCGUGAAUGCUAUGUUUAGUCUACGGGAUAUUCCAGAGACUUUUUUAUGCAGACUCGAGCAGUGUAGCAAAUUUUUCAAGUUUCAUCAGUGCCAGGUCAUACAGAAUAACAUAAGAACAUUUCACAUGAACGACGAGAAUCUUCUCUUUCAAAUGCCAAUUCUUAAGCAACAGAUUAACGCCAAGUAUCUCAAAGAUUGCAGAUUAAGUAAAAUAGAUCCAGCGAAUGAGAUUGUCGGCCGAGAGAUAAUCGAGAGAAAUAACAAUCAAUUUAUAAAUAAGAAAUUGCACAUUGAUUCUUACAAUGAGCGUUGCAGGAGGCAAGACUCGGGGCCGCGAGAACGUUUGUCGCAAAUAUGGGACGUUGCGAAAGAGAUCAAAGGGCCAUCAAAAAAAUUUUACGUUUGGCACCUACAAGCAUUACCAGAAGUCAUAGAGAUAAAAACAGGAAAAUUGUUUAGCAGAGUACGCAGUUCACGCUUUUGCGACUUGACAAUUUUGCAAAUAUUAAACGAAAUUGAUAACAUGAUGCAAGAAAUGCACUCAACUGUCUAUUUUCCAUCAGCAAAAUUUACGAGAGCACUCGCACGGCAGAUUGAUUCAAAUCACGAGAUACUGAGCUUCCAAUUCGUUCAAAAUUAUGACAGUCAUCAGACAAUUACCAAAAUUUAUGAUCGAUUAAAGAAACUACAGCCCAAGCAAACACUCAUUCUCGUCGGUUACUCUUUGUUGACGCAAUUAAAUAUUGGUCUUUUAUUUCUUUUGGGAAAUUUUUUUAAUAAGAUUAUUAUAGAGAUUCAUAAUACAGAAGGUUAUUAUCUUAAAUUGGAAUCUUAUCGGUAUAAUGAAAGAGUAUUGAAUUAUUUAGGUGAAAUUCUGGCAGCAUCACAUAACGCACGCAAAGAAAACAUGGCAAUUUGGUCGAUACUACCUAUGACAAUUUUAUAUGAAUGCGACCAGUUUCCUGUGAUGACGCUACUUAAUCAUCUAAUGAUCAAACUAUAUGCUCAUUACGUUGUCAAUAUGAUAGAUGAUAAAGUGCUGUAGCAGAAGGGAAUUAUUAUUUGAUAUACAUUAUUUUAUAUAAAAUUAAAAAUAAAAUAAUGUACAUAUAUAAUAUGUAAUUCAACUGAAUAAUAAAUAUGAAUCUGUAAAUAUUACACUGUAAAAACUUU